AUGUUGAUUCGUUCCAACAGCCGUAUGGAGCAACCUGAUUCCAUGUCUGCACUCAGCACACCAGCACACAACUUCAGCUCUUCGAUUGAAGCGAGCAACGCAGUGAUACAAGUGGAUUCUCUAAGCGCUUGGAGCUUAGAAGCGCAAACUGUUUCGAUGAUCGACGACGAAAUGCAAGUGAUCGAUACGAUCGAUCAGAGUUACUGGAAUGGAAAGUUUGUCCCACCGCCACCGAGACCACCGUUCCUUGAGGAGUCCAUUGCACCGGACGGUCUAACCACCUGUGACCUUUGCUCGUGGGCCUGGCAGGACAAGGGAACACUGUCUCUGGAUGGAGCGAUAAAGGAAAUUUUCUCAUCUUCCGACACGAAGGAAUUUAAUUGGACAUUUGCGCUGAUAGUAGUUUCGCUAACGUCGGCUUUUCUCGGUGCCAUAAUAAUGAUAGUAUUUCUUAGAUGUAAAAGGAUUCGAACCAACCAGCAUGGACUUCGUACGUUGUGUUUCGAUUCCAGUAGUACAAAGGACACCAGCGGGUUGAAUUUUGAUAACCAAACAUCGAAAAACUCGACCAAUGGGUCCUGUAGCCCUCGUAGUACAAAUUCCGGCUUGUGGACGUGGUUUAGCAGCCGCAAGAAUCUGUCCACGCCGGAUCAGCUAGUAAACUCCCACACGCUGCCGGUGGAGAACCAUUACACGCACAUGGAUGACAAUAAUUACAAUCCCGUGCAAAUCGAUGAGGCAUCGUACGCGGAAGUGGGAAACGAAAUCGGUCCCUCAGAAACUACCUCCUACAAAUCAGGCUCCGUACAGCAUGGUACAGACAACGACAUUCUAAUAAUGAACUGCCCACUGCCAGCCAUACCGACCGGCUCGCAUAGUGCUAGCGGUGGUGCUAGUGGAUCGGGCAGUGCGUACUAUUCCGGGCUGCUGAACAACGCCAACAUGGCCGGCGGCGAGGAUGAAGACGAGCGUCCGUACGAGAUUGUCGAUUUGAAGGAGAUGUCAUCGCCCCACAAAAAUCACAACGUCCAAAGCCACUUCCUGAACGAAACGAACAACCUGCUGACGAUUGAAAAACAUUCCGAAACGCUACCGGAAGGGACGAUCAGUGCAUCAGACUACGUUUGAUAGCUGCUCGGGUGUUGAAUGUUUGCGGUCUGUGUGUGGAACCAAUGGACCCAACAAAACAUUCUAACCACAGUCCAGGCAGGCGGAUGCUCGUGUUCGUGAUAAGAAGUGUGUCUAUUUAUUUCAAUAUUCUCGACCAAUAAUCCAAAUACUCAUUUCAAGCUACGUGAGGUGGUCUGCCCUUCUACUUACUUACGUAUUACAUGGAGAUAUUUCUGAUUACAUAUUAAUGUUUCAACGGUGAAGUAAUUGAAUGUUCGAUUGCGUAAGAACCUUUUAUGCCAACGCGAGUAACGAGUCAUUUAUCGUAGAAUGUGAACAAAUUAGUUUUAUAGAUCGUAACACAGUAUGGCUAAUAUGACGGUAGUAGCGAUAUCGCUAGAUUACAAUACUUAAACAGACUGUCCACGUUUUAUGUGUGCCCGUGUGCCUAUUGCUAAGUGUGUGUUAUGCGUAUGUGUGUAUGUGUUUCAUCCCCAGAAGUAGCCUUAGUCGUCCAGAACGAAAUGAUUGACCUGUAGCAGUA